AUGGGGAAGGACCAGGGCUUCUCCCGGCACUUUCGGAUCUUCAUCCCCAAGAAGCAUCGGGCGCGCUUCGACGAGGUGGUGUCGCAGGGUCUGCUGGGCAAGCUGUGCCGCGCCCGGCGGGCGCAGAGCGCCCAGCGGCUGCGCCGGAGCCGCAGCGAGGAGCGGCCGGAGCGCCUCCUGGUGUCCACCCGCGCCAGCGCCGCCCCGCGCCGCCCGGACGAACCACCUCCGCACAAGACCCCCUCGCUGCUGGGCUGCCACGCUGGCCCGGGGGGCGUGCGCAGGACAGUCCGAAUUUACAAAGGCAACAGGAGCUUCGGCUUCACACUGCGCGGCCACGGGCCUGUCUGGAUCGAGUCUGUCUUGCCUGGGAGCCCGGCCGACAGCGCUUCCCUCAGGUCGGGUGACCGGAUCCUCUUCCUCAAUGGACUGGACAUGAGGAACUGCUCCCACGACAAGGUGGUGUCCAUGCUGCAGGGCAGCGGUGCGAUGCCCACGCUGGUGGUAGAGGAGGGGCCCGUCCCGUUCCCCAGCGACUCCGAUUCGUUGGACUCCCCCAAUCCAUCCUCGGCGCUCACCUCCCUGCAGUGGGUGGCGGAGAUCCUGCCGUCCAGCAUCCGUGUGCAGGGGAGGACCUUCAGCCAGCAGCUGGAGCACCUGCUCACGCCUCCCGAGCGCUACGGGGUCUGCCGGGCCCUCGAGAGCUUCUUCCAGCACAGGAACAUCGACACGCUCAUCGUCGAUGUCUACCCCGUGCUGGACACACCUGCCAAGCAGGUGCUCUGGCAGUUCGUCUACCAGCUGCUGACUUACGAGGAGCAGGAGCUCUGCCAGGAGAAAAUCGCCUGCUUCCUGGGCUACACAGCCCUGGCAGAGCCAGAACCGUCGCUGGACCUGGAGCCGGAGCUGUCGCCGGAGCCGUCACCGGAGCCGGUGCCGGAGCCCCAGCGGCGGAGCUCCCUGAGGGCCUCGUCCAUGUGCCGCCGCAGCCUGCGGUCCCAGGGCCUGGAGGCCAGCCUCAGCUGCGGCCCCAGCGACUUCCCUGAGAUGCCCCUUCCUCUGGUCCCAGGCGAGCGCCAGGCGGGCGAUGGCACCUCCCUCCCUGAGACUCCCAACCCCAAGAUGAUGUCGGCCGUCUAUGCGGAACUGGAGUCCAGACUGAGCAGCAGCUUCAAAGGGAAGAUGGGGGCCACGUCCAGAUCCCGCGCCUCCCCGCCAGAGCCCAGCCCAGCAGGCACAGCAGGGCCCAGGACUCUAUCCGGCGUCUCCUGGCCCAGCGAGCAGCUCCUGCCCUCCCCCUGCUACUACCCACUGUGCUCGGGGGGCCCGGCUUCCCCCAGCAGCUCCGAGUCUCACCCCUAUGCUAGCCUGGACAGCAGCAGGGCGCCCUCCCCACAGCCAGGCCUCGGGCCCAUCCACUCUGACAGCCCCCCCAGCCCCGACCUGGCCCGCCAGCCCAGCCGCAGGAAGCUCUUCACCUUCUCCCGGCCUGUGCGAAGCCAGGACGCUGACACUGACCGCUUCCUGGAUGCCCUGAGCGAGCAGCUGGGCCCCCGGGUCCCCAUCGGGGAUGACUUUCUGAGCCCGGAAAAUGACUAUGAGGAGAUGAGCUUCCAUGAUGAUGACCAGGGCAGCUUUGUAACCAACGAGCGGAGCAGUGCUAGCGAGUGCAUCAGCAGCAGUGAGGAGGGCAGCUCCCUGACCUACUCUUCCAUAUCCGACCACAUCCCCCCACCCCCACUCAGCCCCCCUCCACCGCCACCCCUGCCCUUCCAUGACCCCAAGCCCAUCCCCCGCACCCCUGACGGUCCCCGGGGCCCCACUCAGACUCUGGCCAAGCCCCUUACCCAACUGAGCCAUCCAGUCCCUCCACCGCCCCCGCCGCCCCUGCCCCCACCCGUGCCCUGUGCACCCCCCAUGCUGUCCCGGGGCCUGGGUCACCGCCGCAGCGAGACCAGCCACAUGAGCGUCAAGCGCCUGCGGUGGGAGCAGGUGGAGAACUCAGAAGGCACCAUCUGGGGUCAGCUCGGGGAAGACUCUGACUAUGAUAAGCUGAGUGACAUGGUGAAAUACCUCGACCUGGAACUCCACUUCGGCACCCAGAAAACUGCGAAGCCAGUACCUGGGCCUGAGCCCUUCAGGAAGAAGGAGGUGGUGGAGAUCCUGUCCCACAAGAAGGCCUACAACACCUCCAUCCUACUGGCGCACUUGAAGCUGAGCCCCGCGGAGCUGCGGCAGGUGCUCAUGAGCAUGGAGCCCGGGCGCCUGGAACCCGCGCACCUGGCGCAGCUGCUGCUCUUCUCGCCGGACGCGGACGAGGAGCUGCGCUACCAGGCCUUCCGCGAGGCGCCCGGCCGCCUCAGCGAGCCCGACCAGUUCGUCCUGCAGAUGCUAUCCGUUCCGGAAUACAAAACUCGCCUGCGCAGCCUCCAUUUCCAGGCUACCCUGCAGGAGAAGACGGAAGAGAUCCGGGGCAGCCUGGAGUGCUUGCGCCAGGCCUCUCUGGAGCUCAGGAACAGCCGGAAGCUGGCCAAGAUCCUGGAGUUUGUGCUGGCCAUGGGCAACUAUCUCAACGAUGGACAGCCCAAAACCAACAAGACCACGGGCUUCAAAAUCAACUUCCUGACAGAGCUGAACUCCACCAAGACAGUGGACGGGAAGUCCACCUUCCUGCACAUCCUUGCCAAAUCGCUGAGCCAGCACUUCCCUGAGCUCCUAGGCUUCGCUCAGGACCUGCCUACUGUGCCCCUGGCUGCCAAAGUGAACCAACGGGCCCUGACCAGUGACCUGGAUGACCUCCACUGUACCAUUAGUGAGAUACAGGCAGCCUGCCAGAGCAUGUCCCCCUGCAGCGAGGACAAGUUUGCCAUGGUCAUGACAUCAUUUCUGGAGACCGCCCAGCCUGUGUUGCGGGCACUGGACGGGCUGCAGCGAGAGGCCACAGAGGAGCUAAGCAAGGCGCUGGCCUUCUUUGGGGAGGAUUCCAAAGCCACCACCUCUGAGGCCUUCUUUGGCAUCUUUGCAGAGUUCAUGAGCAAGUUUGAGCGGGCGCUCAGCGACCUGCAGGCUGGGGAGGGUGUGCGCAGCUCCGGGAUGGCUUCGCCCCUGGCCUGGUGACAGCGGCUGCCCUACAACCCCUUCAGCCCAGGCAUGGAGAGGGACACCAGAGGCUGUGCCCAAGUGGGCUGCCUGUGUGCCACCAAGGUUUGGGCCAUGCCUGCCCCUCCCACACCUCCUCCCUGGGACCUUGGGCUGUCGUGCCUGUGUCUCCAGCUACCUCAGCCUUUGAACUUCCGCCACUGUGAAGGUCCUGGGUUUGGUUGGACCCCCAUCUCCCAGCUGACCCCUGGCCCUGAGCGCUGAGGGCAUGGGGCAGAAGUGGGUGAGGACUCCCAGGGAAAAUGAACCACAUCUGCCAUGGGCGCUGGUGUGCUCACCCCAGAAGGACCAUCCACUGCUCCCAGCCUGGCUGCACCCCACGUUCCCCUGACUUGCUUGGCUGCCUAGCUCCCAGGGAUACCAACAAGAGCAGCCAGCCCUCAGGUCACGGGGAACCCAGGGAGGGGUGAGGGACUGCAACCAGCAGGAGAAUUGAGAAGUGGCCACGGCCCUGGGGCAGCAUCUGCUGUCAUGGCGUGGCCAGAGCACACAGGUGCUGAGGAAGGACGUCCGAACAUUUCUUGGCCCACUCAGAGUGGGCCCCGGGGGACGUGAUCAUGGAGCACAGACCUUGAGGACCCUGCGCCCUGAAGAGAGAGGCAGAGCUCUUGGACACGGCACACCACACCAUGGUGCAUUCUGAGACCUGGUGGUCCCUCAUCCAGCCGGGGUCUCCUGGGGCCACUCAGAAGGCAGCAGGAACACAGGAAGGAGAGCCACAAGUGUGCACCCAGGCUGAGUCUUGGAAGCUGGAGGAGACUGCA